CUCUUCUCCAUCUCUUCUCCAUCCCCUGCCAUUGCCAGUCUCCCACCAUGGCCAAGUCCAAGUCCGCCAAGCGCAAGCGCAACGCCCAGGCCGACCUGCCUCAGAAACACCCCAAGGCUGCCUCUGCCACCAUCCUGACCCCGCCGCCCGAUGCCGCCCUCGAGCCGAAAAACCUCGCCACCAUCAUCCCCGACGACGAGCUCGACAUCGCCAUCGAGACCCUCAACACCCUCGCCCAGUACCCCAGCCUGAUCAAGUCGAAGGCAUGCAAGGAUCUCCGUGUUGCGGUACAUGAGUUCCGCCAGGCCUGCACCACAGGCGUCAACAAUGCCGAGGGAGCCAACCUCACCGCACGCAUCACCGGAGCCCUGGCCGAUAAACAAUACCUGGACGCGAAGAUCCUGCUGGCCGAAAUGCGCCUCCGGGGGGAACAGCCCAAGAUCGGGGCCCUAUGCCGGUGGGUGCGCGACCUGGACGUGGUCAGCGGGCUCUCCACGCAGCCCGAAGCCCAAGCCGUCCCCCCGGCGCGCACCCCCGAAGCCCUCGAACUGCUGGGGGUGCUCGACGCCGUCCUGCGCGUCAGCACCCCCAUCGACAGCAGCCCCGGCGCUCUCCCGGCCCCGUUCCCCUCCCCCAUCGCCUUCCAAUCCAUCUGGGACCUCCGCCCCCCGACCCCGUCUCUCCCCGUCUACGCCUCCGUCCUGGACAAAUCCAUCCUCAGCCACGCGCCCUCCUCCCCCUCCGCCCUCCGCAUCAUCGAAACCACCCCCGGCCCCUCCGCAAACCCCCAACCACCACCCCGCCAUCCUCUACACCACCCUCCCCAACGCCAUCCCCCUCUCCCCGGCCCCCAACCAAGCACCCACCACCCGCACCCCGCCGUCCCCGGCCUCGCCCUCGCAACCAACAUCCUCACCCCCGCCGAAUGCCAGUCCAUCAUCGCGGCCGGCGAAUCCGUCACCUUCACCCCCGACAUCCCCCUCCGCCCCGACACCUCCGACAUGAGCAUCCUCGCCCACAACUUCUACUGGAUCAUCGACACCGCCUUCCACGACAUCCUCUGGUCGCGCAUCCGCCCCUACGUGCCCCAAUCCAUCAACGGCCGUCUGGCCCGCGGCAUCAACCGCCGCUUCCGCGUCUACCGCUACGUCCCCGGCGCCGAAUACCGAUGCCACAUCGACGGCGCCUGGCCCCCCUCGGGAAUCCUCCCCGACGAUACCUACGUCUAUGAUGCGUCGCCCGAGGAGAACAGGCAGUCCUCGAUGUACACGUUCUUGUUGUAUCUGAACGAUGAGUUCGAGGGCGGCGAGACCACCUUCUUUAUGCCUGCCGCUCGGGAGGGCGUCUUGAAUGCGUAUCCCGUCCGGCCGGUCAUGGGCUCCGUCGCCAUCUUUCCGCAUGGAGAGGCCAAUGGUGCGCUUCUGCAUGAGGGGACCGGCGUGAGGAAGGGCGCCAAGUAUAUUGUGAGGUCGGAUGUCGAGUAUGAUGUUAAGCCUGGGAGGGGGGGGGAGUAGAGGAUGCCGAAUGAGGAGGGAGCUUGCCGGACUAUAAGGGGGUGUAUAUUUUGGUACAUAUGAUGUUUUGGAUGGGUGGUUUUGGAGUUUGGGUAUUAAGUUUGAUUUUGGUGAACAUAUCAAAGUUCUAUCUAUUCUAUCUAUAUCUUGUUCUGUUUGGUGGGUCUUUGGGUUGUUACCCGGGUUCUAUACAUUCAGCAUUCAAUAUACUAGACUGGCACUUAUAUCAAGAACAUGAAAUUAAAAGUUCAGCAUGAUAGCUAGUUGGGGGGGUUCUCUGGUGUUUGUGUCGGAUGUGGAUGUGUUGGUCCAUCAGGUCAUUGUCGAACAUCGCAUCCUUCGAAGUUAGGGCUU